GCUGGUGUUCAUGUUGUACAUGUCGCUGUUUCAAGUGAAUUGGCGUGGUGCAUAUUCCCGAUGAUGCGUUAUCCCAUCACCUUCAGCACGACCACCUAGCACAUGAUCACUCCUCAGUUCCUACUGCGAACGCCAACCUUGUCCGGGCCAAGUGUUUGACCGAGCCAACGCUCUUGCAUUGGCGGUCACUGGUGCGCUCCGAUCACCAAUGGCCAGGGCUGCAUCGGGACGCGCGUCACCACUCUGCACUCAACCCUCAAGCUCCACCCUCGCGGUGGUGUCUGGAUGCGCGUAGCUGAGGUUUGAAGAGGAGAACAAGCAGAGACGGAGCGGCGAGGCGAGGCGAGAUGCACGAAGCGUACGACCUUUUGCCCCUUUUGGGCUCUCAGCAUGCUGCUAGUGCUGUGCUAGCCCACGCGGGCAAGCUGUACAUCGGCACCCCGACUGGUCAAUUAGCAGUGUACUCUCUCCCCAUCCAAGUGGACUCCAAGGGCGAAGCGGAAGAUGAUGCCCCUUCUUCCUCUUCCGCAAGCACACAGACCAAUCUUUCUGGCUCUGAGCCCAAGAAGCAAAGCCAAGAAGCGCGCUUGGAAUUGUUGGAGACGAAACAAGUGGGCAAAAAGGCUGUAGAGAUGAUUGGUAUCGUCAAGGAAUGCGGCAUGCUGCUCUUGCUGACGGAAUCGACAGUUAACACCUUGGAGCUGCCUUUGCAAGCCAACGAGCCCAAAGCGAUCGCAUCAACAAAGGGCGCCCUCACCUUUGCCAUCGACACUUCGGUCCAGCGUUUGCCUGCUCGUCAAGCGCAGGCUAGAUCACAAGCACGACCCAUGUCGCUGUACAAUCCCAACACUCUGGGUCGAGCAUUCCGACCCGAUGCAGGUACUUCAUCCAGCACCGCCACUCCCUACGCCACGCUACGAGGUUCGAGCAGCCACGCGGAGGGCUCUCGACAAGCGGCAAGCGUGAGGGCAGCAGGAGGUACGAUGAGAGCUGGUGUGAGGGAUAUGGAAGCGCUGAUCAGGGAGAAACAAGAUAGAAAGGAAAGAGCUAGAGAAGAAAAGUCGACGGAGAAUGCUGAAAACGUCUUGGUCAGCACGCUGGCUGUGGGAUGUAGACGUAGAUGCGUCAUCAUGAGAUGGGUCGAUGGUGCGGUGUUCGAUACAAAAGAAAUCGCACUACCGCACACUCCUCGAUCUUUGGCUUUCCCUUCGGCUUUAUCGCUCUUUAUGGGCUACACGCCGAGCAGCGCCUCUAUCCAGCCCAUUCCUCUGGCCCUACCAAUGGCUUCAUGGGAAGUCGCUCGAGAAGUGAACAGCUCGACAGGCGACACCUCCUUCAGCAAUCAGCACCCUUCCAAUUCUGCCUCUGGUGGGGUAGCAACGGGCUUUGGAUGGGGCGCUGGAGCGCUCACAGUUCUCAGGGGAGCGAGGAAUCCGAUCGUCAGAGCUGCUCUGGACGGAGAGACGAUGGUGCAGCGCGAGCAACUCACCAUCUUUCUCGGACCGGAUGGUUCGCCUGCGAGACGAGAAGCGAUCGAAUGGCCCAGCGUGCCCGAUGACUUUGUCUUCGCUAGACCAUACGUUAUGGGCCUCUUGCCUGCUCAAGGGGGACAUCCCCCAAAUCUCGUCAUCAGAUCUGGUCAGACCCUAGCGCAAGUACAAUCCAUUCCUCUUCCUCUGCCACGCACAGAUGCCUCCUCGGCAUCGAUCCCCGCCGGCUCUCAUGCGGUGCUGACGACCGCUGGCCCUAAGAAUGCGUUUGUGGGCACGGCAGAAGGAGCCAUUUUUGCGCUUCGCAUGAGACCUUGGAAGAUGCAGGUAGAGGAGCUGAUCAAGGCGCAAGCUUAUGGGGAGGCUCUGUCGACAUUGGAAGGUGUUGACGAGGUUCAUUUGCCCGACAAGCCCGAGAGGAAAGCGUACGUGGAAGCGCUUUGGGCCCUAGACCUCUUCAAAGCUAAAUGCUACGACGAAUCUUUGGAGCACUUUUUGGAAUUGGAUGUGAACCCUUGCAAGAUUGUCGCGCUGUACCCUCACUCUGUCGCUGGCAACCUAUCGCGCAGGCCGGAACAGUGGAACAAGAUCUUUGGAGCUCCUGAAGCUUUGCUCGCGCCCUCUGCGGGUGAAGGAGCGUCAGAGAUAGGCGCAGGUGCGGAUAAGAAGAGCGGCUCGGGCCCGGAUGGGCAGUCGGAGGCUCUGGCUGUUCCUAGAGCUAGAUUGGGAGGAUUGUUUGCCAGGAGACCCCAGAGCGUGUAUGGAGCAGGCACAGCGGGCAGCCCUGGUGCACCUUCUGGGUCUGCUGCUGCUGCGCCCUCAUCAAGCGCAAAUCCAGCAGCGGUGACCUCGCCCGUAUCCAGCCCAUCCAAAUUCAAUCGCGCGACGCCCGCGCAUCAAAAUCUUGGUGCGGUGCAGGACGACGAUGCCAAGUCUGUACGGUCUGUGCGCUCGGCGCGAUCCGUCAAGCCACCUGUGCCUACUGGAUCGCCCUCUCUAGGUUCUGGCGCUUCCCAAGAAGGUCCGACACCUGAAGAGGCGCGACGAUCUUUAGAGGCGCUCGGACGUUACCUAGCGGACCGUCGACGCAUUUUCAAGCCUUUGCUAGAGGUACAUCCUUCAUCCCACACCUCGUCUCAACAUCCUCGUGAUAGCAAGCAACUGCUUGCCCUGCCAGACCUUCCAAUGUCUUCUUUCGACGUGGACGAUCUCACGGCUAUCGCCCAGGCCGUCGACACGGCUCUCUUCAAGACCUUUUUGAGCGUGAAGCCCGCCUUGCUUGGUUCGCUUUGUAGAGUGGAGAAUUGGUGCGAGGUUGGACAGGUGGAAGAGCUGUUGCUGGACAAGGAGCGCUUCUCGGAACUUAUCGCCCUCUAUGGCGGAAAGAAUAUGCAUGCGAAAGCUUUGAGAUUGCUAAGAAACUUGGGAGAGGAGGAGGAAGACGAAGACGAAAAGAUUGGACCGACGAUUCGUUACUUGCAGAACCUUGGACCUGAACACAUCGAUGUCAUUCUCGAAGCUUCUCAUUGGGUACUCACGACUAAUCCGGACCUAGGUAUGGAGGUCUUCUGUGAGGACACUGGCAAGGUGUCCGAGCUGCCUCGUCACGCCGUCGUUGCGGACUUGGAAAAAUUCGACGCGCGCCUGUGCAUUCGGUACUUGAGGCACAUCAUCAUCACUCUCGGAGAAGGCGACCCAGCACUGCACGAGAAGCUGGCCUUGCUGCUGCUUCGUCGCGUCACGUCGAGCGUGCGCGCUGCUUCGACGGACACGCAAGCCGGAUCUGAUCGGCAGGAAGGUGUGCAGCAGCUGGCUAGCUUUUUGCAGCUUUCGCAUCAGUACAGGGCGGAGAAGAUUUUGAGUCGAUUGCCAGCUUCAGAGUCGGAUGACGAUUUGCUAGAGAUUAGGGCGCUCCUUUUGGGCAGAUUGGGUCAGCACGAAUCGGCCUUGAAGAUCUACGUCGGUAGGCUGCAGGACCAUGAGAAGGCGGAAGAGUACUGCAGAAAGGUUUGGAACGCUUCUGCGCAUACUGAGUGGGACUCCAAGGAGCUGGAAGUGGAAGCGGGAGAGGCGAAGCAGAAGGGCAAAGAUGUGUUUUUGAUCUUGCUCAAGCUGUACUUGAGAGCAUCCGAGUUCAAAGAAGGCUCGGACGCGUCGAAGGCGGACGUCGCGCUCGAACAUCUAGCUCCCGCUCUCGCACUGAUCAGCAGGCAGGGAGCUCGAAUAGAUGCCAAGUCAGCGCUGGACCUGCUUCCUCCCCUCGUCCCACUUCAAGAUAUCCUUCCCUUUGCGCUCAAGACGCUACAAACGCAAUCCAGCGUCUUGGCCAACAAGAAGGUGUUGAGAGGCGUGAUGGAGAGCAGAAAGUUGGGAUUGGAAGAGGGCUUGAUCAGGUUGAGGAGUCGGAGGGUCAAGGUUACGGAAGGUAGGACUUGUCCUAGAUGCUUGAAGAGAUUGGGGAAUAGCGUCAUUGCCGUCGUCAAUACCAACGGUGCCGUCUUGCACUACUCGUGCAGAUGAGAAGGCGAGGCAACAAAAUCGUUCGCUUUUCCCCUUCCCUCCCCCCCCCCCCCCC